GUCAACAUCCGCACCUACCCACCGAGAGAGAGAGAGAGAGAGGAAAUUUCUUUCCGGAUCAAGAGAUCGAGAAGCUAGGCGAGAUCUCACUCGCCAUGGUGGCCGAGCUCGGCCCGGGCAGGUUCUACGGCGGCGGGCUCCCGCGGCCGCGCGUGUUCCCCGGCGGCGACCGCGCCGACCCGCCGGCGCUCCUCUCCUGGGCGCGCGAGGCGCAGUGGUCCACGGGCGCGCGAGGCGGCAGGCGCCUCCGCCUCCAGGGCCGCAUCGAGGGCAGCCUCGGCAGGCUCCGCCGCGCCGACGCGCUCGGCUCCGACGACGACGCCUCGGACAAGGACGAGGAGGAUGGGGGCGUCGCUGCCCAGGAGCGCGAGGCCGUCGACGAUAAGGAGGAGGAGGAGGAGGAGUCCGGGGAGUCGGACGAGGACGAGGAGGAGUCCGGCAAGUCGGAGGAGGACGAGGAGUCCGGCGAGUCAGAGGAGGACGAGGAGGAGGAGGUAGCGCUCGUGACUCCGGCAAGGGGGCUGCUGAGGAAGAAGGCUGUCGCCGCGGCUUCUGCUCCUUCCGCCAAUGCACCGGCGAAGGCGUCCCCAAAGAGGAAGGCCGCGGCGGCUGGGGUAACGGCGGCGACGCCACCGACGAGGAAGAGGAAGGCUGCCGAGGCACGGGCGGCAGGGAGGACCACCUCCCCGAGGGCAAAGCGCUGAUGGUCCACUUCUUUGAUUAUGUGCAUAGCGAUUGAGGCGUGAUCUUGGAGAUGCAGCAUGCUUUGUGUUUGUUGAAAUGCUGGAAGGAGGUCUGUUGUCAGUGCUCCUAUAUCUGAAUCAAAUCUCUCCGGAAACAUAUUACUAGUCCCUGUACUGUACUGAUAUCUGAAAAUGUUUGAUGCUGUUUAUUACACCUUUUUUGGUCAGUUGAAG